AUGAAUUACAAAAAGUACUGCCCAUUUGAGCCUCCAAAGGAACGAGAUAUAAAUGGGAUAGACGACAUUUUAGAGUCAAAAGAAAAUUUAAGAAACUUUAAAAAUAAAGUUUUAAAUAAUUUAAAUUUAGAUAAUAUAUAUUACGAUUAUAAUAACAAAAUAAAACAUAAAGAAAGUUUACUAAAUAAUAAUGAUGACCCAAAUAAUAAUAAAAAAUGGUAUUUAUAUUUUCAACCCUUAAAUAAUAUAUCUAUAGAACAAUAUUGGAAAUACGAUAAAGUUACAAUAAAAGAUAUUCUAAGUUCAAAUAUGAAUACAAAUAAUAAUAGUGAACAUGAUCAAUUAAAAAAAAAUAAAAAAUAUCUUAAACAUAUUUCAAAAUCUAUUUUAAAAGGAAAUCCUCAUGAAUCAUUAGUUAAAAAUACUUUUAAGUAUUCAGAAAAUUAUAUAAAUACAGCAGACAAAUAUGCUGCUAGUUCUAUUAAUAAUAUGGCCCCUUCUUUAUUAAGUUUAAAUACUAGAGCAAUUAGAAAUUCACAAAGCUUAUUAAAUUGGAAAUUAAAAUAUUCAAAUAAAUUUUCAAGACCUUAUGAGCAUAGUAAUACUGAAGAUGCAGACAGAGGUUCCAUAACUUUAGGUUCUACUAGUUUUUCCAUUACAAAAAAAAAUAUUGAUGAUGCCACUAAUAGUAAGGUAGGUAAUAGUGAUGUAUUUUCAACUAAAUAUAAAAAAAGACAAUAA